AUGAUCUUUUUUUCUAUUACAAUUUUCAUUUUCGAAUCUUUUCUCUCUCUCUCUCUCUUUGAAACCAGAAUCUAGAAAAAAGAAGAAGAAGGAAGGGAGAAGAAUCAUCGGGGGGCAUGGCUUCGCCGAGCAAACGCCGAGAGAUGGACAUGAUGAAAUUGAUGAUGAGUGAUUACAAGGUGGAUACUGUCAACGACGAUUUGCAGAUGUUCUAUGUUACUUUCCAUGGCCCCACUAACAGUCUAUAUGAGGGAGGUGUAUGGAAGAUCAAAGUCGAACUUCCUGAAGCUUAUCCUUACAAAUCUCCUUCUGUUGGUUUCGUUAACAAGAUUUAUCACCCCAAUGUUGAUGAAUCUUCGGGUGCUGUUUGCUUAGAUGUAAUAAACCAGACAUGGAGCCCAAUGUUUGAUCUUAUCAAUGUCUUCGAGUCAUUUCUUCCUCAACUGCUUCUAUAUCCAAACCCAUCUGAUCCAUUCAAUGGAGAAGCUGCCUCUCUCUUGAUGCGAGACCGUGCAGCCUAUGAGAAGAAAGUCAAAGAGUACUGCAAAGCAUAUGCUAAACCAGAGGACAUAGGAGCACAUGAGGAUUUAAGUGAUGAUGAUGAAGAUGACGACGAUGAUGAUGAUAGCAUGAGCGAACGUGGUUCAGACUCGGAUGACAACGAUGAAAUCGCUGGAAAAGCAGAUCCUUGAUGAUGACUUGUGUGUGUGUUACAAAUCAACCUUUCUUUGCACUUCAUUUCCAUAUAUAUAUAAACCCAUUGAUGUUCAUUCCAUAUAGAGGAGAAAAAAAAAUCACUCCUCUGUAAAUUUGUAAACACUAUUUAAUUCUUUAGGAAUAUUGAAAAUAAUCAUUUGCUUCAA